AUGGAAGCAGAAAACCAUACAUGUGUAUCAAAAUUCCUCCUCCUGGGCCUCUCAGAGGACCCAGACCUGCAGCCCAUCCUCUUUGGACUGUUCCUGUCCAUGUACCUGGUCACAGUGCUUGGGAACCUGCUCAUCCUACUGGCUGUCAGCUCUGACUCCCACCUCCACACCCCCAUGUACUUCUUCCUCUCCAACCUGUCCUUUAUUGACAUCUGCUUCACCUCUACUACGGUCCCAAAGAUGCUGGUGAAUAUCCGGACACAGAACAAAGACAUCUCCUACACAGAGUGCCUGACUCAAGUAUGUUUUUUUAAUAUAUUUGUUGGAAUGGAUGGUUUCCUACUGACCAUUAUGGCUUUUGACCGCUUUGUGGCCAUCUGCCACCCUCUGAACUACACAGUCAUCAUGAAUCCCCAGCUCUGUAUCCUCCUGAUUCUGACAUCUUGGCUCAUCAUGUUCUGGGUCUCCCUCAUUCAUAUUCUACUGUUGAAUCGACUGACCUUCUCCGCUGGCACUAAAAUCCCACAUUUCUUCUGUGAACUAGCUCAACUUCUCAAGGUGGCUGACUCUGAUACCCUUAUCAAUAACAUCUUUACAUAUUCAAUGACUUCCCUGCUGGGUGUGUUUCCUAUAACUGGGAUCCUCUUCUCUUACUUUCAGAUUGUCUCCUCCCUAUUGAAGAUGUCCUCCUCUGUAGGCAUCUAUAAAGCAUUUUCCACCUGUGGGUCCCACCUCUGUGUGGUCACCUUAUUCUAUGGAACAGGACUUGGGGUUUACCUCAGUUCUGCUCUGACCAUUUCUUCCCAAAGAACCAUCAUCGCCUCAGUGAUGUACACUGUGGUCACCCCCAUGCUGAAUCCCUUCAUCUACAGUCUGCGGAACAGGGAUGUGAAGGGGGCCCUGGGGAGACUCCUCAGCAGAAUAGUCUUUGGUCCUUCUUAUAUCACGAACCUCAGAAAUAAGUGGACAGUGCAGAUACUUAAGUUAUUGUUGUGA